AUGGGUAUCAUUCUACACUACCUUCAAGACUCUCGAAGUCAGCGAGUGCUCUGGCUGCUCGAGGAGAUGGGCAUCGACUACGAGAUCAAACACUACUCUCGAACUGCCCAAGGACUUGCGCCUCCUGAACUUCUCGAGGUACAUCCAACCGGAAAGUCGCCGCUCAUCACCGAUACCACGGAUGGCAAGAACAAAGUUGUCGCCGAGUCCGGCGCCAUUGUCGACUACCUCAUCCGUCACUAUGCACAGGGAAGAUUCGUUCCUGCGGACCCCGAGCGCGUCGAUGACGAUGUGUUCUGGAGCCAUUUCGCCGAAGGAUCACUUAUGCCGUUGUUGGUAAUGAAACUUGUGUUCAGCAUGAUCCCGUCCAAGAUGCCCUUCUUUGUACGCCCCAUCGGAAACGCUAUUGUCAACAACGUCAACACCGCGUUCUUGAACCCGGACCUGAAGCGCAAGACUGACUUUAUCGCAGACGAGCUCGUCAAGAAAUGCGACGCAGGCAACGCCUGGUUUGCAGGCGGCGAUAGCCAUGGCAAUCCCACCGCGGCUGAUUUCCAGAUGGCAUUCCCACUCGAGGCUGCCUUAUCUGGCCGCAUCUCGAACCUUCCAGCGCCGAUCAAGACUUAUGUCGAAAAGGUCCAUGCUCGUCCAGCGUUCAAGCGAGGUCUCGAGAAGGGUGGCCCUUACAAAUACGCUUGA